CGGGUCCCGCCGCCUCCGACCAAAAAGAAAACGCAAGCGGACGACAAGUUUUUCGUGGUCGUGAAGGAGCCAGACAUGUUCUGUUGGCAAUGUCUCGCAGACAUGACCGAUGUCGAGAAACUGUCGAUCCUUGACGACAUUCUCGCGCUAAGGGGAGUGUUCGUGCAAUCCGCGGGCGACCAUCUGAAGCGUCAGCAUAAACCAGGAAUUAAAGACAUGGUCGCGACGACGAAAGUGGACCGUGUGAUGCUCCGUAUGUUCCACUACAUCUUGUUCCUUGAAACGGAGGCGGACGAACGUGUUUGGCGCUACGGGAGCCAUUUUUUCCGCACCGAGGGGCGGCUUCUGGAGGAGUUCGGGCCGCAGGGCGUCACGAAACAGGUGUGGGUCGAAAUGCGAAAGCAUUUCCAGGGUGUGGUGGAGUACGUGAACACUUGCAAACGUACUCUUCCGCACGAGGAGUCCCUCGACAACGCGAAGAAAUUGUACGAGGACGACAGGUUCCCUAAAUCUUUCGAAAAGUCUGUCCGUUCCAUCUUGCGACGGACGGAAGAAGUUCGAGACACGAUCAGGGUCAGUGGGGAUGUGAGGCACAUCAAAUGGCCCGACCUCAACCGGGUGACCAGCCUUAUUCCUUUCGCUUUUCCGCCUUCCCAAGCUCACAGUCAUGUCACUGCGAUCCAUGAGGUUGUGCGACAUUACAUGUGCAACCUGUACGUCCUCGAUUUGUGUGAUCCCACACUCCUCACAGACUGGCGAGAAGACGAUUUCGCCAACUUGCAAGGCCUUCUACAAACACUUUCGCCAACGCACUGGGCACUUGUGAUUUUUUUUCCCUCUCGUUGGGAGCUCAGUUUCUGGAAAGGCAUGGCCAGGCUUAGCGUCCACCACGUCAGGACAAGGAAGUGGGUACGUAAUGCACAAAAGCAGGCCACUGUCCGGGAAGGCAAUAUGCUAGUUGAGGAGUGUGACCGCCUGUACGUGAUUUUUAAUGGCGAGAAGCUGGAAGACAACACAUUCGCAGUCUACCCGACCAGUAGCCCGACAAAGGCUUCCCUUGCUCAUGGUCCAAGUCCGACCAAACAUACGGUGGCGGGCCGCUCGAAAGCUGUCUGUUCGUCGGACCCAUCAGGACAGGCUGUGGCGUGUUUCAACGUGGCGGAAGAGGAAAGGUUCAUUCGUAGCAUGUGGGAGGACGACGGCGUGACAAGUUCUCAAGGACCUGCUUACGGGGAGAUGGAGCGGAACCCGUCCCAUCUAGUUGGUCUACUCGAAAACUUUUGCAAAGCUGGUCAAACUGUUUUUUUCUUUGAGAAGGCGCAUACGUCUGUCGUGUGGGAACUCCUGCGCACCGGUCGGAACGUCGUCGCGUUGGAGAAGGAGACGAAGAUGAUCGAUUACCUUCACGAGUUCGUGAAGGCACGCGUUGCAGACACUCGCAAUGCUUGCGAGUUUGACGGACGUUUGGGACUUCCUUUUCGGACCCGGACCGCCUGGUCAGACCGACCUCGAAUACAGUCGACGGAGAAACCUGGUGUUCGCUGUGCUCAAUGGGUACCACGGUGCACCCAGCACUUCUUGAGAAGGCUGGAGCACGUUUACUUCACGCUGGCCGAACCGCUCACUCUCGAAAACUACAAGUCACAGUUUGACGAGGACGACCCUUUCGACGUUGAAGACAUGGAGGAGUUGAGCGACUCUGAAACCUUCGAUUUCGAGUCCAUGCCACUUCCUCGGGUGGUUGGACAGGUUGGUGAUGAAGAGGAAGGUGGCCCUCGGAGAUAUAGCACGUCCCCUGCCGGUUUGAAGCGUGUGUUUCGGGGCGAACCAGUCGACGACCAAUCGUCUGAUGACGGGGAGGAAGAGAGAAACUAUGAUCACGAACCUCGUGACAGGCUCCCUGUGGACCAUGACACCUGGCAGAACGACAGACUCUACUUCUUUGGCAAGCAUCACUGGUUCACGGCGGAGGAUGUCUGGGGACACAACGUCGUCUGGCACCCGAGGAUAUUCCAACCUGUUGUGAGGAAUGGAAUAUGGGUCAUGGCAAUAAAGGAGGCCGAUGGCAAGUGGAGUGGACUGAAGAGACUGGGAGCGGGUACAUUUAAGAGAAAGGCAGGAACUGCUCUGGUGGAGCAUUUGAGUCUCAUGAGCCCCGAGAGGAACGAUCAGGACGUCGAUGCGUAUGCAAAACAAAAGCUACAUGAGUUGUACGCCAACAACAUGUUGGAGUUUCGAGCGCCUUUCUACGCACUCGAAACGACACCGUCUCAUGGCAUUGACUGGCGCAUGCCACAACCUCCGCCGGCCGGUCAGCAUCCGGGAGGGGGUGGUGGAGGAGACGAAGGAGACGGAGGAGGUGGCGGAGGAGACGGCUCACAGUUUGCCGGAAAGGGGACGGGCGAGACAUCGUCGGUUGAGAAGGCGUCGGGCGGAAAGGGGUUGGGCAGAAAGGGGUCGGGCGAAAAGGGGUCGGGCGGAAAGGGGUCGGGCGAAAAGGGGUCGGGCGGAAAGGGGUCGGGCGGAAAGCGUAGAACGUCCAGGAGUCCCGAGUAUAUGGAAACUGACCCCCACUGCGUAGGGAGUCGAGAUUCCGACAUGCGAGACGAGGCCACCCUAACGUCUGAUCAAGUGCGAGUAGAUUCGCACUUGUUUGCGAGGAGUUUGUUUCCCGUUGCCCAGGAGAGUCCAUCCCGCCGUGCGCAGCAGAGAUCUCCUGUGCUCAACACCUUGUUCCUGAAAGAGGGCGCGUCUUCGUUUUGCCUGGAGGGCGGGAUGCCUGCAUUGCGAAGGAGCGAAGGUGCGACCUCCGGUUCCCUCGGCUCGGGCGACCGCCAGAAACUCCGAAUACAUUCGGAUUUGUUGCCGUCGCCCUACGCCAUAAGUGCUCCUCACGCAACAGUUCCGCGGGGCCAAGAAAAUGUGACGUCCUGGCCCCCGCAUCUUCAGUUGGACACAGGGUUACCUUGCUCGCCUCCUUUCUCAUGUGUUGAGACUCGAGACUGGCGCCCUCGCGACGUGUUGGAGGGGCCCGUUCCAGGAGUGUUGGAGACCGGGGGUAGCGAGAACGAACGUCACACUCCUGGGGAAGACGAGCGCUGUCCGGGAACGCGUGCUGUAUAUCGGGAAGAGGAGACCCAACGUUGGCAGUCUCGCAAAGUGUUGGAGACCGGGGGUAGCGAGUGUGAACGUCAUGCUUCGGAGGGUGCAUCCCUGGACACUGGCAACGAGAGUGCAGGAGCUCCGGGGGAAACGCAUGUUGUACAGGGGGGAGAGGAGACUCGACACGGGCCGUCUCGUGAAGACGUGAAGUGGCUCCACGCACGAGCGCUGGUGAUCGGGACGUCUGAAGAGGUUCGGCACAGUCGCUCGACUGUGGCCACGACGCGAGAGGGUGUCGUUAAGGGAGGUAAGUGGACGUCCGUGCAAGCUCCCGUUCUUGGCGACGAAGAACCCGCGAUGGAAGCUCGGGUUCAUGGCGAUGAGAAAGGCGGUGAGGUGACUGUCGACAUCCGGACGGAUCCACAACGGAAAGAUGGUGAUUCUUCGCCCACCCGUUGCGGUGAAGAACAGGGUGGUCGAGCGUCUUUCCUGAGCACCGCUCGGGGAAUGGUGCUUCAUACAGCCAUAGAGUCGGGUAACGACUCGGCAGCCACCGAGCUGGUUAGCGACUGAGGCGUGGCCGAGAUGCAGAACGUCGAAUCCUCCGUGGAAGGCGGUGAGGUGGCCGUCAGCAUCAACAUG